AUGCUGGCCAACAAUACCAAGGCCAUGUGUGUACAUGCUGGGGCUAUCAACACCUUGGUAAAGCCCAAGAAUGUCAAGCCCAAGAUUCUUAAGGGUGGCAGCUGCAAGCUCAGUCAACUCGCCAACAUAGCUACCCCCAAGCUUGGGAAAAAUGCUUAUGUGUCCAUCACCAAGGUUGUCAGGCUCUGCCCACCAGUGUCCCAGGCCAAGGCUCAAACCCAGCCCCAGGCUGUGGGUGCAACUCCAACUCCAGCUCCAAAAGGUGCUCAGGCCCCCACCAAAGCUCCACAAUAG